GUGUGCGGAAGUGUUUAGUACAGUGUGAUGUUAGCUAUGAGGUGGUGUUAAGUGUAUAAUAAUAUAAGUGUAUAAUAUAUAACAUUAGGUACCGAAGCCCGUGAUGAUGACAGAAUGCGACCCCGGGACACUGCGCGCUCUGCCCGGAGGAGCUCAGAGGAUCUGCGGCUCUACAGAGUCGGUGCUCACGGAGCUGGAGGACGAGGAGGAAGCGCUGCUGUUACCGGGGACACAGAGCUGUGACUCGGCCUCAACAUCACCGGCACGGGCCGCUGGGGACCGGAGACACACACGGGACAGGAACAGCUCUAAUUCUGAUAACCUGCCGUCUCCUGGAAACAGCAGUGGGGAAUUUAACCACUUCCCAGAGGACCCUGUGUUUGGGGAGAUCAUACAGCGGGCGGAGCAGGCCAUCGAGAGCGGUGUUUUCCCCGAGAGAAUCUCACAGGGCUCCAGCGGCAGCUACUUUGUCAAAGACUCCAAAGGGAAGAUCAUCGGCGUGUUCAAGCCCAAGUCAGAGGAGCCGUACGGUCACCUCAACCCUAAAUGGACCAAAUACUUCCACAAGCUCUGCUGCCCCUGCUGUUUCGGCCGCGGCUGCCUCGUCCCCAAUCAGGGCUACCUCUCUGAGGCAGCCGCCUCGCUGGUGGACCAAAAACUCAGCCUGGACGUCGUCCCAAAGACCAAGGUUGUGUCUCUGGCCAGUGAGACGUUCCACUACAACGCUAUCGAUCGAGCAAAAUCUCGUGGGAAGAAGUACGCACUAGAAAAAGUGCCCAAAGUGGGGCGUCGCUUCCACAGAGUGGGUCUGCCCCCUAAGGUUGGUUCGUUCCAGCUGUUUGUAGAAGGCUAUCAUGAGGCAGAUUAUUGGCUGAGGAGGUUUGAGGCGGAGCCUCUUCCUGAGAACACCAGGAAGCGGCUGCAGUCUCAGUUUGAGAGACUUGUAGUUCUGGAUUACGUCAUCAGGAACACAGACAGAGGAAAUGAUAACUGGCUCAUUAAAUAUGAGAAGGCUGGAGAUGGAGAAGAAUCAGUGAAGGGUUGUGAGUGGAGUGAACAUAAAGAGUGUGUGAUUCAGAUCGCUGCAAUUGAUAAUGGCCUGGCCUUCCCCUUUAAACACCCUGAUGAGUGGAGAGCAUAUCCAUUCCACUGGGCGUGGCUCCCUCAGGCCAAAGUGCCGUUCUCUCAGGAGACCAGAGAUCUGGUUCUGUCUCGGAUCUCUGAUAUGAACUUCGUACAGGAUCUGUGUGAGGAUCUCUACGAGCUCUUCAAGACUGAUAAAGGCUUUGAUAAAGCCAUGUUUGAGAAGCAGAUGUCUGUGAUGAGAGGACAGAUCCUGAACCUGACCCAGGCCCUGAAGGACGGGAAAAGCCCCCUCCAGCUGGUGCAGAUGACUCGUGUGGUGGUGGAGCGUAGUCGAGGUGGAGGGCAGGGUCGGGUGGUGCAGUUAGGAAAUGCUUUCACACAGACUUUCCACUGCAAGAGACCGUUCUUCACUUCCUGGUAGUGGUGGAACUGUGUGAGUCUUUAUAUGACCUGGAAGCGUGAUGUUGGAGACUUGAGGAGCAGCGUAAUGUCUGACAUGUGAGCAGGAGGUGGAGCAGGUGAGGGGCUCUGUGAUGAAGGUCUAAUCAGGAUGUUCAUGUAUUUUACCACAAUUUUCUAAAUGUUUUGUCAGCAAGACAUGGUUUACUACUGGAAAGCUGGGAUUGAGAGACUGAGCACUUCUUCUCACCGAUGGUUUCUGGGUAAUUUGUCAGUUUGGAGCAGUUAAAACUCCUACAGACCUUCCAUCGCAAAAAAGUCCAACACCAUCACUCCUGGUAAUAAGGAGGAACCUUUGUGGGGAACAAUUAUCUCGUGGUGUUUCCAACAAGGACAGUGCGAAGACUUGAGAUGUUUUACCCCUUUAGAUGAUUCCAGAAGGUCUAAAAUCCCCCAGUUAAAAAACCUAACAGACUUCUUUUCAGGAAAGAGCUGAAGGUAUUUAUUUGGUCCAGAUGUCACUGGCAGUAAGAGAACAUAGAUGAAGGGGUGGACCAUAAAAAACUGACUGCACAAGGUUCUGUGUGUGAGGAACCACUAGGUGAAGAUCCUUUGGUCUUCUUGUUGUUUCAGCACAUUUCUGGUUUUGAAUGUAGCUAAAGGAUCCUCCAGUUAAUGUGAAGCAGUGGAUCUUCACACGGAUUCUGUGUACAUGUGGGAAUUGAGUAUGAAGAGAUAAAUAACUUCCUGAAAAGAAGUCCUGAUUUAACAGAAUUGUGUCUCACUUAUUUUUGGGUGUUUAAACUUUAGACCUGAGGAACAAAUCGAAUUUCAAGGUAAAAGGUGGCAGAUUUUUACACUGCGGUGUGAGAUGAAGGUUUUUCUUACUGUUUUAGCUCCACAUGCUGCACUGGAGAUAAAAUGGGAAUCUAAUUAGUUUUUUUUUUUUCUUUAAAAAAAAAAACUGCCAAUUUUUCUAUAAUUAUAAAGUUUAUAAAUGAGAAAUGAAGCAUAAAUAUUGUGAAACUUGAAAACCAUUUUGCUUGAAUGUAACCUGCGAGUUUACAUUUCUGUCCCGUUCUCUUGGGCUUCUGGGGUCCGAACAGAGCCACUGGUGGUGUUUUGAUAAGCUUUGAAUGUAUUUAAUGCCGUUUAUGGGAAUGUGGUGAGUCGAGUGAUAAACAGUAAUAAAUAUGUCACAUGUCUGCGUCAUGGACUUUACAUUCCUGCUGAAUGGCUUUUUAAAGAAACUGUACUUUAAGUGACAAAUCAAUCAAUAAAUGAGUAUUAAAGUGAAAUAUAAAA